AUGACACACAUAUCCUCCUCUGUUUCGUCCGGAGAGACUACGCCGCCUAUUCAUUCCUGUAACUCUCCCAGUUACGAGUUGCUUAAAGGCGCACUGGUUCUGGCCCUCCAGGAACCUUCCCCCGUCCAUCUCAGUCAUCGCUCGAUGCGGAGAAGUAACAACCCAUACUUGACCACCGGACACUCAUCGAACGCCUCUGUCGCCUCUGUUGCCUCUAUCGCCUCCACUGCAACCAUAUGUUCCACAACCCCUAUUCGCAGUCAAGAAGCCUCGUGGAGGCCUAGCGACCCCGAAAAGGCUUCAGACGCGAACGACAAUGAUCUAUCUCAGGCUCUAGCUGAAGACAUUGCCGCUCUCGAGCCCAUCGAGCACGAUUACCAUCGCCAACAGCCAUUCUGGCUCUUUUCCAUGAUAUGGGCCCAUCAAAUCUGGUGGGUUAUCGCUGGAGUAAUCAACAUUCCUUUCUUCUAUCAUGUCUCGAAAUAUUCCUCAUCCACCGCUCGCACCAAUUUUAUUGCUCAAGCUUCGUUGGUCAACCUGACAAUUACCGUUCUCGUCCGCAACGAGCUUCUAUUGGCUGGGCUGUACUGGGCGUUUAGCAAGAUUCCAUUCCGCCGCUUCUAUGCUCACCGGAUGUUGCAUUCUAUUGGCGGACUUCACGUUGGUUGUGCAUUUGGUACAUUCAUUUGGAUCAUAUUCUACAGUGUGGAAGUUGGGCGCUCGACUUCCCUUAAUUCGACCCUGGAUAUCGCUCUCUUGGUCACCUCGAUCAUACUUCCAGUCGGCAUCACUGUUAUUAUAUUCUUUGCUCUUCGACCCCUUCGUGAACGAUUCCAUAACGCCUGGGAAUAUACACAUCGAUAUGUCGGCUGGACCGUUAUUGCAGACCUGGUCGUUCACCUAGGGCUGAAGGCCGCAACCCUCGAUACCCCUGAACAACUAUUCUAUACAUCACUUCCAUACCUCACACUCGCUUGCAUCAUUUCAAUCUUCUACAUCUGGUUCACCGUUCGCCAUGCCCAAAUCUCUAUUCGGGCCAACCGCAGCGUCGCGGUUGUAACACUCCCCGGGGCCCCGACCAUGCGCAGCGGCACGUUUGCUCGAAUUAGCCGGGACGGUUUCGAAUGGCACGCCUUUUCAGUUGCGAUGACCGACUUUGAGAAACGCGAGUUCUCGCUGAUUGUCGGGCGCGCUGGGGACUGGACGACUGGUCUGAUCAACGAUGCCCUUGAUACUCGGGGACCUGAGAAAAUUUACAUCCGUGGUGUUUGUCCACCAGGGUUUAUGUAUAUGCACCGUUCAUACAAAAAGGUUGUUACCGUGUGCACCGGAGCGGGAAUCGCUCCCGCCUUGCCACAUAUUGAACAACAUACCAGCGACAUUAUGCUCAUCUGGAUCGCCAAGAAUCACAGGAAGACGUAUGGAGAAGCCGUCUGGAACACAGUCACCUCGAACCUGCCUGCGAACCAAGUGAUCCUGCACGACACCAGUCUUUCGGGACGCCCGGAUAUCGCAUCGUUGCUUGAAAAAGCCGCAAUAGCCCAUGACGCCGAGGCUGUAUUUGUCGUUAGUAACGAUGCAUACACAAAUUUAAAAGUAUUCCCAGCUAUUUCCUGUUUUGGGGCUCGUGAUGAGGCUGGAGUCAUUGCCGGCGGCAGCUCAUACGUCAUAGAGGAACGUGCUAGCUACUACACCUCCUACUCGCACUUUACGAUCAAUUUCACGAUUAUGCGACUUGCUCUUUGUACAUUGCUUACUUUUUUGGGGACGGCUCUGGCUGCACCACACCUCAAUAAUAAACGGACGACAAAUGAUAAUAUCGUUUAUAUUACUGACGUCAAUACGUAUUGCAUAAUUAUGCCUCGCAGCGAGCAUACCGAUAUCGGCACAUCAGAAUUUCCUGGCGGGAUGAAAACGUUCUGUUCUCCGAAUGGGAUCUUUGAUGCUAAUCUACAGGGGAAACUCCCACAGGAUUUCUGGAGUAACGUUGAAAUUUCGACUGUUCCUGGGGUCAAUGGAGCCCGUAGGGUACAAUUAACCGGAUGUAUUCGGCCUGAACUUUCAACUCAAUUAAACCCGGGCGAUGGAGGUGGGCAGUACGAUUCGAGCGGAGGUGAGGGUGGAUUAGGGAAUCCUAGGGAUAGUGUUUGCCUCGGCUACAACCACUAUGUCGAACUUAUCGAGCCGGCCGGCCAGAGAGCGUGUAUUCGGUGUUGCGAUGAUCCUGCCGACUGCCCCCUCACUAUGGACACACUGGGAUGCCAGACUGUGAUUCCAGGGAAUUACUUUGACUGUGCCAAUUAG